GCUAACGGCUGUUUGUGGAGUGUUCUCCUGGCAAAGCAGUCGCGCCCCCCAGUUACUGGUGAAUAGUCGGGACUCUGGUCGUUGGCGUCUCAUCUGAGGAUGCUUGCCCUUGAGGCAGCAGUUAAGAUGGGUGCUGGCGGCUUCCAUUUGGGAACCAAAGUGUGCCUGGCCCUCCCUGGGCUAAGGUGGCUUCUGUGGCUGUGGCUGUUGGCCGCCCCCACCGGUGAUGCCUUCUACCUCCCGGGGUUGGUUCCCAUCAUGUACUGUGAGGAGGGCGAUCCCAACCCCCACUGUCAGUCAUCAAUACAAAUAUAUGCUGAUAAACUGUAUUCAGUGGAAAGUAUGGCAGCCUAUGACUAUAAUAGCUUUGACUUCUGCCAAGAUGCUUUGAAGAAAACAUCCCAUGAUACUCUUUGGAAAAUCCUGUCUGGAGAACAAAUAAUACCAUGUCCUUACAAGUUUUCUUUUAACAAAAACGAAACAUGUAGAAAAGUUUGUGUAAAAUCUUACACUUCAGAAGAUGAAGAUCAAAGGAAGCUGGCUUUUUUGAAGGGUGGAAUAAAACAGAAUUACUAUCACAGCUGGGUUAUUGAUAACGCAAGAGUGAUAUGGUGUUAUAACUCAGAAGAUGAAGAACACUAUUGCAUAUUAGGAUUUCCAAUAGGAUGCGUUAAUGCCCCAAGAGACCAUUUCAAAGGCCUUUGCCUGAAUAAUCUGGAAUUCAGCAAAAAUAAUAGUUUGUACCUCUUCAACCAUGUUGACAUUACUAUUACAUACCACAUGACAAGUGACACAAACGGAGAUGUUGCAAAAUUGAUUAGUACCAGAGUCGAUCCCAAAAGCUAUAAACAUACGGAUGAAAAUCACCUAACUUGCAAUGAACCUCCUUUGGAAAUUCCUGAAGAUGCAGAUAAUUUAAACGUGAUCUACACAUAUUCUGUGAAAUUUGAGGAAAGCAAAGCUAAAUGGUCUUCUGAAUGGGAUUAUGAUGUCAGGACUACAGCCGAGUCCAACAUUCUUUGGAUUAGACUUAUAAACUCUUUUUUUGUGGUACUUGCCUUGUGUGGACUGGUGAUUAUCGUCAUUUUAAAGAGCAUCUGUAGAGAUAUUUCCAAAUGUAAUCGUAUAAGGCUUUCCGAAUAUGAACGGAGGCAGUUUGGAUGGCUGAUGAUUUAUAAGAGUGUAUUCAGGCUCCCAGAACAUAGGAUGUUGCUGUCAGUCUUUCUUGGUCAAGGAACACAAAUUUUCAUAAUGACAUUUUUUUCUUUAAUUCUGGUUGGCCUUGGUUUUCUUACCCCUGUUGAUCCAACUGAUUUAGUGAACUAUGCUGUUGUGCUGUGGUUCUUACUGGGAAUCCCUGCUGGAUAUGUGGCUGCCAAAUUGUACAAGACAUUUAAGGGUGGAAAGUGGAAGAUGCAUUUUUUGUUGAUGACACUGCUGUUUCCUGGAAUUUUCUUCACUGUUAUCCUUAUUAUGAAUCUAAUUCUUUGGAUGGAAGGGUCAUCAGCUGCAGUGUCUUUUAAUAUAUUGGCAAGUCUGUUUGCAUUUUCCUUUGGAGUUUCAACACCAUUAACAUAUUUGGGAAUAUACUUUGGGAAAAAGCAAAAGUUUGAGUUUCCGGUUCAUGCACGGCAGACCCCUCGUGUGAGUCCCCAAAGAAGUUUCUUUGCAAAAUCAACAAUUACAGUUAUAUUUGGCAGUCUUGUACCCUUUGGCUGUAUUUUUUUGCAACUUUCUUACAUUCUAAACCAUAUUUGGUCUCCUCAUAUGUACUACAUAUUUGCCUUCCUUUUCCUGGUCUUUUUAAUUCUUGUUAUUUCCUGUUCAGAAGUUACGGUUCUGCUAUGCUAUUUUCGACUGUCUGCUGAGAAUUGUGAUUGGUGGUGGAGAGCCUUUUUGACCAGUAGUUUUACAUCUAUUUAUGUUCUCAUCUUUGCAAUUCAUUACUUCUUUACCAAACUUAAUGUCACUGGCAUCGGAAAUAUCUUUAUGUACUUUGGGUACAGCUUUAUCCUGGUUCUUGUUUUCUUCCUUUUCACAGGAACUAUUGGAUUUUUUUCUUGCUUCUACUUUAUUAACACUAUCUACAAUGUGCUAAAAGUGGAUUAAUGAAUUUCCCCAGCUGUUCCAAAGCAUACGAUCCUCGCUUUUUGUAUCUAUGCAAAUAUCUGCUGAGAUACAUAUAUUUGUAUGCUCUAAGUUACAUUCAGAUAAAAUGUUCAUAAAUGCAAAA